GUGGGCCUUCCGUGAAUAUCCUCAAUCUAAAGUUGUAUAUAUAGCUCCAUUAAAAGCGCUUGUGAGGGAACGUGUUGACGACUGGAAGGCGAGGUUGACCGAACCCAUGCAAAGAAAACUUGUGGAAUUAACCGGCGAUGUUACUCCGGACUUGAGAUCAAUCGAAAAUGCCGAUAUAAUCAUUACCACUCCUGAAAAAUGGGAUGGAAUUAGUCGUAGUUGGCAGCACAGACGUUACGUUCAACUUGUUUCCCUCGUCAUAAUCGAUGAAAUCCAUUUGCUCGGUGGAGACCGUGGUCCAACUUUAGAGGUCAUCGUUUCACGAAUGAACUAUAUAGGAUCGCAGAAAGAUAAAAAGAUUCGCAUCGUAGGACUAUCGACAGCACUUGCAAAUGCACAAGAUUUAGCUGAGUGGCUGAACAUCGACGGGGAUGGUCUUUUUAAUUUCCGCCAUACUGUUCGUCCUGUUCCUCUUGAGAUUCAUAUUGAUGGAUUCUCUGGAAGACACUACUGUCCUCGCAUGGCAACCAUGAAUAAGCCCACCUUCGCAGCAAUCAUGAGACAUUCACCAUCGAAACCCGUAAUUGUAUUUGUCUCAUCACGUCGCCAGACGCGAUUGACUGCGCAAGACCUGAUCACUUAUUGUUGCAUGAAUGACAAUCCAUAUCAUUUUUUGAGGAUGCCCGAAGAGGAAUUACAAAUGCUCCUCACACAAAUAAACGACAACAACAUGAAGAUGUCACUCACUUUUGGAAUUGGUUUACAUCAUGCAGGAUUGACUGAGGGAGAUAGAAAGAUAGUGGAGGAACUCUUCCUACACCAAAAGAUACAGGUUCUCGUUGCAACCAGCACUUUAGCAUGGGGAGUUAAUCUACCAGCUCAUCUUGUUGUGAUCAAGGGGACAGAGUUUUAUGACGCCAAAUCCAGAGGAUACGUCGAUUUUCCUAUAACCGAUGUGCUUCAAAUGAUGGGAAGAGCAGGUCGGCCUCAGUUUGAUAACAGCGGUGUUGCAUGCAUCUUUGUCCAAAACUCAAAGAAAAAUUUCUAUAAGAAAUUCUUGUAUGAACCAUUCCCGGUGGAAUCCAGUUUACAUAAGCAAUUGGAAGAUCACUUGAACGCCGAGAUCGCCUCAGAGACCAUAAAAUCAAAGCAAGAUGCGAUGGAAUAUCUUACUUGCACCUACCUCUAUCGAAGACUGCAGAAAAAUCCAUUUUAUUAUAAUCUGGAAGACAACUCAAAUAAAGCCAUGAAAAACUAUUUCUCCAAGUUGAUCAAUGAAUCUAUCGAAGAACUUUGUAAAUCACGGUGUAUCGAUAUGGACGAUGAUGACAAUCUGAAGUCAACCUCCUUUGGCAAUAUCGCUUCCAACUACUACCUUUCACAUAAGACCAUUCGACUUUUUUGCGAUCGCAUGCAAACCAAUGCUUCUGUUCGGGAUCUUUUGGGCAUGCUUUGCGAUUCGGAAGAGUAUUCUGAAAUUCCAGUACGCCACAACGAAGAUUUACUAAAUAGUGAUCUAGAAAAUGAUCUUCAAUGGCCUAUUCAAUCCUCCCAUUCGUAUGACAGUCCACACGCUAAAGCCUUUUUAUUGCUUCAAGCUCAUAUCGCACGCGCAAAAUUGCCCAUUGCUGAUUAUGUAACUGAUACCUUGUCAGUAUUGGAUCAAGCAAUUCGUAUUCUGCAGGCCAUGAUCGAUUUCUCUUGCGAGCGAAAACUUCUGACAAAUUGCUUGAACAUAUUUUCUUUGCUUCAAUGCAUUAAACAAGCGCGGUGGCCCAAUGAUUCCUCAUUGCUGACUCUUCCUGGAAUCAACAGUUCUAUGGUCAACUCAAUAUCACUUAACAAUGGUCGGACAGUCGCAUGCCUCGGUGAAUUGUUAGAUCUGCCCGAGGAGGAACUAGUUAAGAUUUUUGAAAAUGUUGAGAGUCUCUCCGAGUCUGAUGCUCGACAGAUCCGCGAAGUAAUUUUGAGAAUUCCAUCGAUAGAUGUCACUUGUCACCUCAACACCUCCAACGAUUCGUUAAUUCCAAAAGAGGAAUAUUCCAUUACAAUAUCUUUAGAUAGAAAAAAUUUGAAGUCGAAUCAUGAUGGACGAAUUUAUUCGCCACACUUCCCGAAGUCUCAAUAUGAAUCGUGGUGGAUUAUGUUGGGAGAAACUCACACUGAUGAGAUAAUCGAUUUAAAAAGAAUUAACAUGCGUAAUGGGCCCUCGGGCGAAUUAACAAAAAAAAUCAAAACCUCGCUUAAAUUGGUUGCCCCUGGAAAGGAAG